UGCUAGCGGGGAUGUCGUCUGCACUAGCCAAGAUUCCGUGUCCACUAGCCAGGAUGUCUCUCCAAUUCAAGAAGACAAAUCAUCACCGCCUAAGCCAAAGAACCCCGACCAGCGUCUUCACAAGUGCCAUCGGUGCUUGAAGUCGUUUGGAAACAAGAGCUGGCUGAAACGUCACUUCUGUAUUCAUAGGGACACUGCUGAUGUGCUGCGCCGGAAGUUAAACGGUACGCCUGCUAACCAGGAUGUCUUCUGCUCUAUCCAAGAUGCCGUGCCUGCUAGCAAGGAUGUCGUCCGCACUAACCAAGAUGCCAUGUCCACUAGCCAGGACGUUUCUCCAGUUCAUGAGAGCAAACCUUCACUGCCAAAGCUGAAGGACCCCGACCAGCGUCUUCGCAAGUGCCACCGGUGCUCGAAGUCGUUUGGAAACAAGAGCUGGCUGAAACGUCACUUCUGUAUUCAUAGGGACACUGCUGACGUGUUGCGCCGGAAGUUUAACGGUACGCUUGCUAACCAGGAUGUCUUCUGCUCUAUCCAAGGUGUCGUACCUGCUAGCGAGGAUGUCGUCUGCACUAUCCAAGAUGAUAUGUCCACUAGCCAGGACGUUUCUCUAGUUCCAGAAGACAAAUCAUCACCGCCGAAGCCAAAGGACCCCGACCAGCGUCUUCACAAGUGCAAUCGGUGCUUGAAGUCGUUUGGAACCAAGAGCUGGCUGAAACGUCACUUCUGUAUUCAUAGGGACACUGCUGAUGUGUUGCGUCGGAAGUUUAACGGUACGCCUGCUAACCAGGAUGUCUUCUGCUCUAUCCAAGAUGUCAUGCCUGCUAGCGAGGAUGUCGUCCGCUCUAGCCAAGAUGCCGUGUCCACUAGCCAGGACACUUCUCCAGUUCAAGAAGACAAAUCAUCACCGCCGAAGCCAAAGGACCCCAACCAACGUCUUCACAAGUGCCAUCGGUGCUUGAAGUCAUUUGGAAACAAGAGCUGGCUGAAACGUCACUUCUGUAUUCAUAGGGACACUGCUGAUGUGUUGCGCCGGAAGUUUAACGGUACGCUUGCUAACCAGGAUGUCUUCUGCUCUAUCCAAGAUGUCGUGCCUGCUAGCGAGGAUGUCGUCUGCACUAACCAAGAUGCCAUGUCCACAAGCCAGGACGUCUCUCCAGUUCAAGAGGGCAAACCAUCACUGCCAAAGCCGAAGGACCCCGACCAGCAUCUUGGCAAGUGCCACCGGUGCUCGAAGUCAUUUGGAGACAAGAGCUGGCUGAAACGUAACUUUUGUGUUCAUAGGAACACUUCUCGUGUAUGGCGCCAAAGGUUAAACGGUACGCCUGCUAGCCAGGACGUUAUCGUUGCUAGCCUAAACGUUUUGCCCGCUAGCCAGGAUGUCCUAUGUGCUAGCCAAGAUGUCGUGUCCACUAGCCAGAAUGUCUCUCCAGUUCACAAGGACAAACCAACUCUAUCAAAGCCGAAAGACCCCAACUGGCACCUUCACAAGUGCCAUCGUUGCUUGAUGUCGUUUGGAAACAAGAGCUGGCUGAAACGUCAUCUUUGUGUUCGUAGGGGCAGUUAUAUGCGUCACCAGAAGUUAAACAGAAUGCUUGCUAGCCAGGAUGUCAUCUUUGCUAGACAGGACGUUUUGCCCAAUAGCCAGGAUGUCUCUUCAGUUCACAGGGACAAACCAACACCGCCAAGGUCGAAGGACCCCAACCAGCGUCUGAACAAGUGCCACCAGUGCUCGAAGUCUGGAAACAAGAGCUGGCUGAAACGUCACUUUUGUGUUCGUAAGGUCACUUCUCAUGUGCAGCAUCAGAAGUUAAACGGCACCCCUACUAGCCAGAAUGUCAUCUGUGCUAGCCAAGAUGCCGUACCUGCUAACCAGGACGUCGUGUCCACUGGCCAAGGUGCCUCUCCAGUUCACCAAGACAAACGGAUCCUGCCAAAGCCGAAGAACCCCGACCGGCAUCUUCGCAAGUGCCACCGGUGCUCGAAAUCAUUUGAAGACCAGAGCCGUCUAGAACAUCACUUUUGUGUUUAUAGGGACACUUCUCAUGUGCGGCACCAGAAGUUAAACGGCACACCUGCUAGCCAGGGUGUCAUGUGUGCUAGCCAAGAUGUUGUCUGUGCAAGCCAAGGUGUCGCACCCGCCAGCCAGGCCGCCAUCUGCACUAGUCAAGACGUAGUGCUCGCUAACUAUGACAUCAUCUGUACUAGCCAAAGUGUUGCACCUGCUAACCAAGAUGUCACACCUGCUAACCAAGAUGUCGCACCUGCUAGUCAGAAUGCCAUCUGUGCUAGCCAAGACCUUACGCCCACCAGCCAGGAUGUCCUCUGCACUAACCAAGGUGUUGCUCCAACUAACCAAGAUGUCAUCAAAGAGCGUCCUGGCGUUGAAUCCGAAAAAGGAAUGUUGUACACUUGCAACCAGUGCAAUGAGUCAUACUCUAAAGAGACGCAGCUUGCCACCCACAUGCGCGUGCACGCCAGCAGCAACCGCUACCGGUGCAAAGAUUGCACCAAAACGUUUGUUCGCAAGUUUAGCCUGCAAGUCCACAUGUUGACUCACACCGGCGAGAGACCCUUCAAGUGUCGGCUGUGUCCGAAAGGCUUCACCCGGAAAGUGUUGCUGAGAUUGCAUGGUAAAGUGCAUGCCGAGCAAAAGUACAAGUGCAACCUCUGCCCGGAGAGCUUCCAACGCGAGAUGUCGCUGAAUAAGCACAAACGCAUGCACGCCCCACCCAAGCGCUUUCCGUGCGACUGCUGCCCCAAAACGUUUGCGAGCAAGACGGAGCUCAGGGUGCACGUGCGGGUUCAUGCCCCAAAGCAUUGCUGCACGGAGUGUGGGAAGUCGUUUGAUCGGAAGGGAUCGCUUGUGAUCCACAUGGUGACCCACACGGGUGAGAAGCCGCACAGUUGCAACAUCUGCUCCAGGAGGUUCACACAGAAGGUGGCCCUAACGGUCCACCUCCGCUCUCACACCAACGACAGGAAGUACAAGUGCGAGGUCUGCGACAUGAGGUUCCUGCGGAAGCAGGUCCUUGAGCGCCACAUGGUGGUGCACACUGGAGAGCGGAAGUAUGCGUGCGAGCACUGCCCCAUGCGGUUUGCGCAGAAGGCGACACUCUUGAUCCACGAGCGGACUCACAGCGGCGAGCGGCCCCACGCGUGCACCACCUGUGAGAAGAGGUUCGCGACCAGGGCGAACCUGGAGCGCCACGUCGCAACGCACACCGGCGAGCGGCCCUUCAAGUGCUGGUUGUGCCCCGCAGCGUUUGCCACCAACUCGACGCUUCAGGAUCACGUGCAGACGCACGAGCGGGCACACAAGUACAAGUGUGUCGAGUGCAAGCUUGUCAUGUACAGCAGGAAGGGUUUCAGUGGCCACAUGAAGAGGCACAUACACAAGGCCAAGUCGUCCGGUGUCACAAAAGUGCGCGUGCCGUAAGGGGGUACUCCGUUGAUAUUUUUUUUAACUCUUGUAUUUUCUGAUGUAUACGCCAACUCAACUCUUACGUCACGCCGCGGGGGUGGCGCCUCGGACACAAUUCCGUUCUGGGAGUUUAACUGGAAGUUACCUUGCGGGAUUGGCAUUCCUGUAUUGUUAUGGAAGAAACUGCACUAAAACCUGCCUCCUCAUCAAAAUGCCGUGGCUGGGGUUGUACCAGAAGAACAUAUAAUUAAAACAGCACAAAAAACAUAAGGACAAGUAAUAGAAGGGACACAGACAUAGUCCCUUCUUCUACUUGUCAUUGUGUUUUUUGCACUGUUUUAAUUAUAUGUUUACUAUGAACCCCUGACUAGCUUACCUCCAGACGUUACUGUAGUACCAGAAGAGCUGAGAAAGGUGUGAAGAUCAGUUUUGAUCUGUUUUCUGCUGGCCCGGUUCAUCCGAGAAUGUGGAUAGGUGCCGUGAGAAGGGAAAGCCAGACACCAUCGGACCACGAUUCCUUGUGCGGGAAGCACUUUAGUUUGAAUUCACGGUUGCUUGUGGUCGUCAUAUUUAUUUGUUUUGUUCUAACAUGAACUCGAGAAAACCAUCAAGUUGUCCGGACCACCGUGUGGACCACUUUCGGUGCAUCUUCACGUCCAAACGGCCGUCCGAUCAUUUAAACUGUCUGCUCUUUCAAACUCGUUCAGACUGUUGUCUGCUCAUUGAAACGACAACAGCCAGUAGAUAGAGCUUUGCAAUAGGAAGUAAGUUCAGGCCUCAAAAGAAGUUUGAAGGUUGUCUGGGGCAAGUAGGCUCAGUGUAAACAGUGGAUGAAAGGAGAUGUUGAUCAUUGUUACCAGUGUCCAUCACCGACUUGUUAUGCCCGAUUCACUUCGUUCAAUCCUACUUGCGAUUUUCAGUAUUGACGUUGAGCAUUGUAGCUACCAUCCACACUUUUGCCAUCUGAGCGACGUUGCGACUGAAAAUAGCGAGCAGAAUCUCAUGUGUGAAUCAGGCUUCAGCGUCCAUUCUGCGGCAUUCGUGCGGAAUAAAUCGCCGCAUGUCACAUUAUUUACACAAAGAUUUCGAUUUAGCUAGGGUGACCAUACUCGUCGGAGUAAAAAAACGGGACAUUGAGGGAAGUGUAGGGGGGUCAAAGUGAGACAAAAAGAAAAACCUCUGCUACUACUUGGUUCACCGUGAAAAUGCUUACUUUUCGGGGGCUUUUUGUUGAUUAGUUGAGCACACUAGCACCUUUCUUACCUAUUCUGCAAAACCUAAGCAUGCCAAAUUUAGUAAUAUAGAAAAGUGCCCCGUGCACACAUAUAUGUGAACAAAACUUAUUGGCAAGUGGAGCAAGAGCAAAAGCUAAAAAUCAAACUACUGGAGAUAUAAUUUUUAUCCUAUGUUUAUUCGAAUACACUGUCAUGAAUAGCAGUUUCUUGUUU